AUGGCUUUCGCACUUCCAGAACCAUUCAAAUGGGACGAUUCCUUCGCUGUUUUUUACAAGAACUUGGACGAUGAGCACAAAGCGCUUUUCGAUGCCGUCUUCAACUGUGCCUCUAAGAGAGACCAAGGCGCCCUCGGCAACCUGCAGUCCGUGUCCGCAAACCACUUCUCUGACGAGGAGGGUAUGAUGGUCAAAGUAAACCUCCCUGGUUUUGCCAGACAUAAGAUCAUGCAUGACAAGUUCUUGGCCGUCCUCGCUGCCAUAAAAUGCCCCAUCUCCGACGCUGACCUUCUAUUCUGCAAGGACUGGUUGGUACAGCACAUUAAGGUUGAGGAUCACAAGUACAAGGGGAAAUUGUAA